GCGCACUUGGCCGGAGUCUUCAAACAUAAACAACAAGGUAAACCACGUGAGUGAACCUUCUCUUUCACCCACGUGGACUUUAUUAUUAUCUGAAGGCAGCUUCAUGCUCAUGUCCUCUCAAUUGGGUUCGACAAUAUAGCAAUUGUUUGAAGUGCAUUAAUUACUAUGUACCCAAAAUGUGGGAGUAUAAAAGAAGCUUUAACAAUAUUUGAUGAGGCUGAGUAUGAUAUUAUUGUGUCAUGGACGACCAUGAUUAAUGGGCAUGCUGAACAUGGUUAUAGUCAUGAAGCCAUUGAUUUGUUUGAGAAUCUUCCUAGGGUUGGUCUGAAAGUAAACUCUAUGACCUUCAUUGGUGUUCUUACUGCUUGUAGUCAUGCUGGACCGAUUGAUCUUGAUUAUCACUACUUCAAUUUAAUGAGCAAAGAGCACCAAAUAAAUCCUUCAAAGGAACACCAUGGUUAAAUGCACCUUGCAAAUGCCAAGCGAACUAAGGCUGAAGAUGCUGCUGAAGAUGCUGCUGAUGAUGAUACCCCUAAUAUCUCUGGCCAACAAUUUGCAUACUCUCAUGUUUCUCAGCGUUUUGGCCAAUCUCCCCUCCCCACUUUUGAACCAGCUUCUAACUGGGAAAAUGAGAGGUCAAUGAUAUUUGGCUAGAGGACCCCAGUGGCCCCUGUGGUACACCAUGGCAGGUAUAGAAUGUUACUGCUUAAUUACUAAAAUUACUAGUAUUUCCCAACCCACUUUGGGGGUUGUUGGGAUGUAUUUUCAAAAAAUUUGUUGUUAGAAACAAAUAAUAAAAGUGUUUUUUUUUG